AUGGCAAGUGCAACAGGAAAAGAAAUUGAAGGCAUUUUGAGAAAAAUCCAAGCCUUCAAAGGUCAGACUACAUCGGUACACUCGUUCCUCAAAUUAUACAAGAAUCGCGAUCCCUUGGACGGGAAAUUAGAAGAACGCAUUACUAAAUACAAAGAAAAAUACGCAGAAAUCGAAGAAACAAUAAAAAGACUCGAAGAACUUGACCCUGACAAUGAUCAUCAUCCAGCCGAUUUGAAGUAUAAUCUCGAGAGUGAUUUCAACCUCAAUGUUGCAGAGUACGAGUCUCAGGUAGCCACUGCCAAAAAUGAUCGUUCAAACAUCUCGGAAGCAAGCAGUGAAGAAAACAAGAUAAAAAUGCGUAAGGUUAAACUUCCUGAUGCUAAACCACCAAAAUUCAAUGGAGAAUUCGAAAAUUGGUUGUGUUUUAAAGCUGAAUUCGAAGCGCUCAUACACAAUCGUGAAGACAUAAGCAAGGUGGAUAAAAUGUCGUAUCUUCGUUCAUCAUUAACCGGAGCAGCCUAUGAGAAAAUCAAAAUGAUGAGCAUCUCCACAGACAACUAUGACCGUGCUUGGAACCUCUUGAUUGAUACCUAUUCCGAUGUGCGUAUCCUAAUUGGAAGGCACUUAAAAUUGCUUUUGGCGUUACCCGCACAAGAUAAAGAAACAGCAUCUGGAAUCUCUCAAUUGGUUGAUACUACCAAUUGA